ACCUCCUUCUUCCUUCUUUCUCUCUCCCUUCCUUCCUUCACAACCCCUCCCUUGUAUAUCGUGAAACCACACACCCUCUUUGCUCUUCAUAGUCUUCUUCAUCUUAGCACUCUUCGUUACAUUCAUCUCCUGCGUUUUUCCAAUAACAAGCUUCAAUCUUUCCAAGCGGUGAUCUUCAACACAGAAAAGGAAGAAAAGAGGAUGAAGCGAGCCUUGGAAAUCACCUUGAUAUCCGGAGAGAACCUGCGGCUCAACAAAAAGCCCGUGAAGAACGCGGUCGUGGCGGUCCGAGUGGAGCCCGGACACGAAUGCUCGACGAAACCGGCGCCGGACAGAGGAACAAGCCCUCGGUGGAACGAGAAUCUCAUCGUUGACUUGCCGCUGCACGCAGGCUUCAUUACCGUGGAAGUGAAGUGCAAGAGCUCGUCGGGAAGUUACAAGGUCGUCGGCGGAGCGAUGGUACCGGUCUCGGAUUUCGCCGGGGAUCUUGGCACGCCGGAGGGUUACAUGCAUUUUCUCAGUUAUAGGUUGAGGGAUUCUAAUGGCGUGCAGACGGAUGGCAUCAUUAACAUUUCGGCAAAAAUGGCUGCGCCGGCACCCACAUACGAGGUUCCUCAGCUGCAGAUUGGAGUGCCCGUUGGUUAUCAGAGGAAGAUGAUGGCGGCCGGUGGAUUGGUGAUCGGAGUCCCAGUUUGUUACGCUCAGCCUUGUAGAUGUUAAACGAGAGCUGAUCAAACUAAGUUGACCUUUUCUUUUAGAUUGUUUUUUCUAUUGCUAACACACAACAUUGUAAGCACAGUACUUGCAAUUGAAAAUUUCAUGGAUUGAUAAUAUAUGGGUAUGGCUAACAUCCUCAAUUUGAGGCCGCCCAUACUGUUUCUAAAA